UCCUUCCCCUAUUGUCCUUCUAGCGCUGGGACAUAGUCUUUCAAUUCAUCUCUUCUCCCCUGCUUCAUCAGGUAUGCAGGUGAAGCAGUAGAAAACCAAUCAAUUCAAAGAUCUUAGAUGAAGACGAAUCUAUGAACAGCAAAAUCGUCGGAUCGCCUGAUUCUGCUUAUGCCAAUGAGGAAGUAGGUGCUAUCUUCAGGUUCGGUCUUUCAUUCCUCGCUCGGGGACUCUUUCGUGCUUGCUUGGGGUUCUUGCUUUUUUGUUUAGCAGCCCCGGACCAGAUUCAAUAGCUACCAUACCACUUCACGAAGUGAGCCUCCACCUAGACAUAGAAAGUCCUUUUCUAGCGGCUCUGCCUGAGACUGAGGAAAGCCCCAGCCCCGAGUCGGUUAAAGCCCAGCUCUUUCGGACUUCAAGUUCCGUGCUUCCCAAUUAGUCACUCAUCUCGCGCUACUAUUGAAUCUACUUUUUGAUUCACUUUUUGGAACAAAAACAAGAAAGAGCGUGCGUAUCUAACUAAUAGACUGAGACUCGGCCUUUAGACUAUCAGUUCCGUCCUUUUCUUGUCCUUUUACCGGAUUCGGACAUGAAUUCUAACUAUACAGAUUGUUUUGUUUAAGACAUUAUCGGGCAAGACUUUAGGUUCAAGUCAAGUGAUUGGAUAAUGGAUAGAGCUUGUGCAUCUUUUCGUUCAUAGUGGGAUAGGGUCCCCUUUUGUAUCUGACCUUUAGAUCAGGGGAGACAGAAUCAAUUCUAGAAGGUUUCAUUCUAUGCCCCCCCUCUCCUUAUCAGUCGAGCUAUUUCAUAACCUCAACUUUUCCAUUGCUUUGGCAGCUGCUCUCGCUUCGUGGCUUGCAGCGCCUGAAUCGAAUGCUCGAAUGUACUUGAUUUCCUUUGUCGCUUUAGCUGAGUUCGAAUUUCUCUCGGGCUGAAUUGAAUAGUAGCCUCAAGUCAUCUGACUAUCCCCCAUCCUGACUUGGCCCCUCCCUAUCCUUCCUUAGCUGCCCUCAAAGCUUCUCUUGAUUACUUUCUUUCGGCAAGGGCAGUUGUAGUUUAAAAGAAAUCCCGACGAGAAUCACUCGAGGAUCAGGGGGCAACUACUACUAUUAUAAGACAGACUUGGCUUCAGACGGACCAAUGCCCUUCCUUGAUCUUUCACCUCAUAGAUCAAGAUCAGGCCCAACUUCUUGCUUUUUUGCUGCUGGCCUAGCCUAUCUUCCCCCUAUUUUAUUUUCUAGUCUUCCUUUAGCUUUGCAAUUUAAACUAAGUUCGAUGGCCCGAAGCGGCCACACCAACCCCCCGUUGCCUGUUAUGAAUAGAACCAGGCUAUGUCUGAUUCCUUAAUUAAUCUGAGAUGAGCUUGAAAAAGGCUUUUCAUAAACUCUUUUCUUUCUCUCAUUAAAGAAUGUUACGUCCAAUUAUUCCCAUGUUUUUCUUGGUAAACCCAACCGGCGAUUUCCGUGAGCAAGAACAAGUCUCUCUUCUUUUUUUGGGGGGAGCGGAAUAUUGUUUUUUUGUCAAUUUUAUGGAGUUCCUGAGAAGGGCUUUUCUAUUUAUUCAAGAAUUUUUUUUUUGUCACGAUCAGGAACAAGAGGAGUCACCAUAUUCCAAUGAGCAGCCAGUUCACAAAUUGUCAAAAAAGGAAAUGGCUGAUCGCCUAGAAAAAAUUCUUAAAAAGGAAAGUGGCGAUGAUGGCUAAAGCUACUACUUGGAGGGUAAUCUUUCUUUUUCUGAUGUUUCCUGACGUACUGGAGUGAUAACAUUUGAAUUUCUCUUACAUUCUACGUUCCCGAAACGGAUCCUAUCAAAUAUUUCACAUUUUCUAUGAUUAUCUCUAUUUCAGGUAUUCGGGGAAUCCUCCUUAAUAGACGAAAUAUUCCUAUUAUGUCAAUGCCAAUUGAAUCAAUGUUAUUAGCUGUGAAUUCGAACUUUUUGGUAUUUUCUGUUUCUUCGGAUGAUAUGAUGGGUCAAUCAUUUGCUUCAUUGGUUCCAACGGUGGCAGCUGCGGAAUCUGCUAUUGGGUUAGCUAUUUUCGUUAUUACUUUCCGAGUCCGAGGGACUAUUGCUGUAGAAUCUAUUAAUAGCAUUCAAGGGUCAGGGCCUUUCUCGCUGGGCGAAUUGAGUUCGCAGGCUAGAAAGAUGCUAUUUGCUGCUAUUCUAUCUAUUUGUGCAUCAAGUUCGAAGAAAAUCUUAAUUUAUAAUGAAGAAAUGAUAGUAGCUCGUUGUUUUAUAGGCUUUAUCAUAUUCAGUCGGAAGAGUUUAGGUAAUACUUUAAAAAUGACUCUCGACGGGAGAAUCCAGGCUAUUCAGGAAGAAUCGCAGCAAUUCCCCAAUCCUAACGAAGUAGUUCCUCCGGAAUCCAAUGAACAACAACGAUUACUUAGGAACAGCUUGCGAAUUUGUGGCACCGUAGUAGAAUCAUUACCAAUGGCACGCUGUGCGCCUAAGUGCGAAAAGACAGUGCAAGCUUUGUUAUGCCGAAACCUAAAUGUUAAGUCAGCAACACUUCCAAAUGCCACUUCUUCCCGUCGCAUCCGUCUUCAGGACGAUAUAGCCAGAAGGUUUCACGUCUUAGUGGGGAAAAGAUUUAGCCCCUGGUGUAUCUCGAAAGCAGAAAGAGUAGAACUCAUUCGAGAGAGCUUGGUGGUCUUAAGAAUGGUUCGGGUGGGGGAUUCUUCUAAAAUAAAGUGAAAAUGCCAUGGAAGAUUCUCUUUUUCAUGUUUGGUCUGGAUAUGGAUAGUCUAGUACUGACUAUGCAUAGGACUACUAAGGUGAAAAGACAGGAUGUAUUCCGACGAAAUGCUAUGGAUUCUAGGCGGACUAUAAUGAGGAGGACGACAGAC